AUUCCUCUAUAUUAUGCUACUAAUGAUUCAAUUAAAAAAAUUCUGGCAUCGACCAAGGAACCAUUUACUCAAGUAAAAAAAGGUGAUCUACAAAAAGCUAAAGAUUGUCUACACUAUGCUGCUUGGAAAGGUUAUGUAGAGAUUACUGAAGUUCUCCUAAGAAAUGGGGCAAAUCCUAAUGCUGCUGGUAAGAACGGCUAUAUGCCUUUACAUUAUGCUGCUCAAUUUGGUAAAUUCAAAAUUGUACAACUGCUGUUAGAUAGAAAAGCAGAUCCUAAUAUUCAAGACGAUAAUGGAAAAACUCCAUUGGCUUUAGCUAGGGAAGAAUUAGCUCAAGAUCCACAAAUUUAUCAAGAAAUUAUAGAUAUUCUUAAGUCUAAAUCUACUAAUCAACAACAAGAGACUGAUCCUAUACGUCAAGGAGGUAAAGUUUCAGCUGAAGAAUGCUUACCAAAUAAUAGAAAGAAAAAAGAAGCUAAAGUUGGGAGAGGAAAAAGGAGAGGGAGAGGGAGAGGGAGAAGAAAAGAGAAAAUGUUUAUUCACAUGGGUAGAUGUGGAUAAAUUCAAUGCUGAAAAAGGUAAAAAAGAAGACUUUAGUAAAAUUAAAAUAGAUAGUGAAAAGUUCGUUAAUUACAUUAAAGAUUUGCCAGAGGCGAACCAAAGUCAGCUAAUUCAACUAGCAGAUAAGGUCCGAGUUACAGGUGAGUCUCAAAGUUUAGUUAAUAAUUUAAUUGGCAAUAAAAAAGUCAUGGGUCAUCUAAAUAGAAUAAGAAAAAUCUCCGGUAUGACUAUGCAUGGCAUGAUGGCUAAAAAUGUUUUAGUUGACUUUUUAAAUGGUAAUUAUCAAGGCGUAGCAAUUAAUGUGAGUUUUAUUGCCGGUAGUCAAGGAUUUGCCAAGGUUGCUGAAACUACUUGGUAGAUCUUUAAAAGCAGCAUCCCCUUUUCUUGCUCGUGGAAAGUUUCAUCCUUUGUUAUUUAUGAUUUAAUAAAAUUUAAUAAACCAGAUAAAAGAAUUUAAAAAUGGUACUGAUGAAGAAGCACUGGUUGGCAUAGUAGGAGAUAGUAUUUACCUGAAAGUAGAUAGCGUAGAGAUUGGCAUAGAAAUCGCUGAAGCUUUUGAGGUGUUUGAAGGAGUCUCAUCUGUUACUGGAUCUAUUGGAAGAACAAUUGGAGCUGUAGUAUUUGUUGACACUGAUAUUUAUAUGGCAGUGAAAAGUUGAUAAAAUUGAUCAGAUUAUUCAUCUCAAAGGAAAUGAAAGAUUUAUUGAAGGGUUACGUGCAUUUAUCGGUACGCAUUCAACUUGAAAAGCAUAUAGAAGAGUUAAUAGAAAAAAAAAACAGCUUUAUAACCAAUUAGUAAAGCAAGGACUUGAGUAC